GUGAUGUAUGUUAUGAAUUGGAGGUGUGGAAUAAAAAAAAUGACUGAAGAUUAUUUAUUUAUUCAAAAGAACACUUUUCAAUAACACAUUUACUGAAUUAAGUUAUUGAUAACGUCAAACUGCGCCAUCUAGUUGUUUAAGAUCGAACUAGUUUGAAUUGUUAAUUUGUUACUACUUCUAAAAUGAGUAAAAGCUGUAGAUUUGGUAUUGCUACCUAUCUUUCGUAGAUGGCGCUUUUGUACGUAACUUUUUCACGGUUUUGAAACCAAUGAGACAAAUAUUUACUAUUUACCGCCCUAGUGCGAAUGUGUGAAAGUAAAAAGCGCUAGUUGCGAGCGCGAAAGCUGUUUUGUUUCUGAUUUGUUGUCAGAUUAAGGAUUAAAUUACAAGUAUACUAAAAAGACAAUUAAUCGUAAUGGAAGUUACGGUUACACAUAUGAAAAACCCAUUUUCGUUCUUUUUAAAAGAAAAGUGUAAUGAUAGUGACCGACCACUUCAAGAUGAGGACCGGUGUGACCUGCAGACCUAUUUGAAGAAACAGUGGUCGGAUGUGAACCACGGAAAAUAUGUUGCUGUAUGGCACCAGGAUAAAUGGACCCGUGGUAUUGUGCACAUGGAAUCCCAAGUUUUAAUCUGGCUGGUUGACUGUGGGUACUAUGUACGACCGGAUGAAAGCAUGGUCUAUGUAAAUUUACCCCCGGAGUUUAAGAAACUGCCUACAAAGGUGUUUGAAGCCAGUAUUCAUGGAGUGGUACCAAUUGAUAAGGCACUGUCAGAUGAAUGUGAAAUUAAGGAUGUCAUUGCCACCACCUGGAAUCAUGGAUCCAUUGAAAAAGGCCAGAACAUAAUCAAUAGAAGCAAAGCUAUUUAUUUUGUGCCCAUAGCCAUGUUGUGUACUAAAGGAAAUGAUGUUGUGCUGGGAGACCUGUACGUGGACACUCCUAGCCAAGGCGUGGUUAACUUUAUUGACCUCAUGGAGCUGUGGCCUGUGCAUCUGCAGAAGAACCCAGCGGUGUAUAUUGAAAAUAUUACCACGUUUUAUUCGAGCCGGCGUAAACACCACGCAUGCACCCUCAAGCCGGUCAUGCCGAGAGAACUACCAGAGGUGACUCCCACCACCAUCACUAUCAACCAAUACGAAGCCAUAGCCAAAGACGCCCCGCAGCUCGAACUUGCCGACACCUCCAGCUCAGAUGAUUGCAGUACCGUCGUCACCAACCACCAGGGUAAUCAUCUCACGGCAGACGAGAUUGAAGAGUACUCGAAGAUGUAUAUCAAAAUUAAUGGCAUACAGUAUAACGUUUUGAAUAUAAUACUUAACAAGUGCCACGAUUUGAGCAUGUGUGAAAGGUAUAAAGAUAGAAAGUCUGUCGGCAGGGCGACUACGCGUCAUUCUACAUUUUGUGGCUAUGAACGCCGAUAUUUGGAUGAUUUCGAACAGUUUGCUUAGAAAGUACUUGCAGGCGCUUUCGUAAGCAUACCUCAAGCUUCCGACUGAAGUGCUACUACAACUAUUUAAGCAGACUGCUUAUCCAUUGGUAGGACUUGGACGUAAUUAAUUGUUUUUUUUUUUAACGCUAGUGAUUUAAAAAAUCCGCCUCCUUGCCAGUGUUACACUAUACUGCUAUUGAGAUACUGCCCUUUGUAUAAAUGUAUUAAAUAAACUUGUGCGUACUAUUAGAAGGAAUAUGUAAUAUAUGUAGUUGCACAUUAUUGAAACAUACAUAUUCGGAGGCUCCUAACUAAAUGGCGCUGGCGCUGUUGUAAGAUAAACUAUAAUAAUUUCGACCUACAAUCCUUUACAGAUUGCCCGCUGGAUUUCAUUUAAACACUGUUAUUUAGUUAUUAGGGGUCAUCCUUAGAUAUAUGUCAAUAGCCACUAGGUAUCGCGAGUCGGGCAAUCGAUAAUUAUUGGGACAACUAUUUCGAGUACACUUAUAUACUCUACUCCAUCGCAUUCACCAUCUUUGAUUAUGCGGCUGCCAUUUUGUCAAGGAAUUAUACUUUCAAUCCAAUAAUUGGGUAAUAAUUAUGUAAGUUUUGCGGUGCUGUGAUUUGUUAUAUGCUUGCAGCGACAUUUAGUGAUGUUUUUGUUUUUAAGGCGCGUGGGAUAGUUUAUUUUUGGUUUUGGUUAAUACAUUUAUAAGUAAAUGUGUCGUUGUCAAGCAAAAAGUCCCACGUUGUCGCUUGCCAUAAGGUUGACAGCGCUUUGACAGUUUCUUUGUAUAAAGACACAAGCAAAUCUUCCUUAUGGUAAGCGACAAUGUGGGACCUUUGACUACGACAUAAAUAGGUACCUAGGUUCAUAAUAUAUCAGUAGAUAUAUUACUGGAUGCCUUACACUAACUCUUUUGCCAUUUACAUGUCAUGUUACUAAGUAUAUAAGUUAUUUGUUUACUGAGCUUAUCAAGCUACUUUUUCAUCUUAACAUAGUUAUUCUUAAGUUAAUUUGAAAGCUGGAUUUUUAUUUACACUGCAUAACAAUGAAGCAUUUGUUAAGAUUGAGAGGGUAGUUUAAGAAUGUUAUUAUCGUAAGCUACUUCAUAUGUAACUUUUUUUCUUAUGCUAAAUUAAUGGACGGAUAACCUAUUUGGAGGUUUUCUGCUGUACUGAUUUAGAUUCUACGUAAUUGAAAGCAGGGUAUUAGUGUUGUAAGAUAUCAAAUAGUAUAAGGCUAUUUAAUGACACUUACGCAUUGCAAUAGUUUAACAGGUUACAAUUAGAAAUGAGUGAUGUUGAUAACGAGACGUUUAUAGUUUUGUUCAAUAAGUAUUUUUAAGUUAUUUUUUUGUUUUUGUUUUGUGAGCAUAUUAGUCAUAUCAUAGUUUAGUUCAAUGUUAUAUAUAAUAAUUGUUUAAGCUUGCCUCUUUACCUGAUUACUGUAGAUGCUGUUAAAAUAUGUUAUAUGCAAAUACGCGUUUAUGAAUAACUUGUGUAGUGAAACAAUCGUCUCAAGUGUAGUUUGAAUUUUAUAAUGUUUUUUUUUCGUCUGGGACCCUAAUCUGUUAAACAAAAGAUAUUUGUUUCCUUUAUGCAGUGAGUACUUCAGCCACUGCUAAUUACGCCGUUAGAAGUAAACGGGAUCAAGACCUUUUAAAAAAAUACCGUCCUUUUUAUAUGCUUCAAAUUAAUGAAACAGCCCAUUCAACAGAACUUGUUAUCUUUAAAAAUAAUGCCCUGUUGUUUUUGGCAGCCACGUGGCUGAUUGUUCUUCGAAUAAGCUGUUGCAUAGGUUUGAACCUUGAUGCUUUUUAAAGACAAUGUUGCUUUGCACGUGCCGAGAAAACGGGAGCUGACCACUCUGCAUAAGAGAAGCAAAAGUUAACAGGUUAGGGCCCGUGCCGAAUAAAUCAUUUCAUAAAAUUCAUACUACGGUUGUGGCAUUAGACGUGUAGGUAUACCUGUCUCCACAACAUAUACCUCUAUGUUACUUUAAAAACAAUUGUUUUUAUCGAGAGUUACCUUUUUAAGUUUGAGAGUAAUAUACUUUUUGUUCUUUACAUACUAUCCUUAUGUUUCGAAUAUGUUUAAAUAAGGCGAGGUAUAAUUAUGCUAAUUGGUGGGGUUUUCAGGGCAAAAUUAUCUAUCUGCACCUUAACACCAGUAGGAGUUACUUUUAAGUUAAAUUGAGUACCUACCUAUAGUGUUGCCAAAUUAGAUAAUAUUCGCUCUUGGAGUAUGGCCCAUAAACCACCACCAGCCUGCUUGAUCAUACCAGUGUUGGCCGAAACGUUAAUUGACUAUUAUCCAUUAUAAAUUGAACCGUAAUAGACUGUUACAGUUUACGGUCGGUAUUCACCAAGUAUUAACGUUCGGCCAAUAUUGGUCCAUACCUCUUCAAUAUAUGACAGUAAAUAAUACUCAAUAUGAAAACAGAAACCUACCACUGUCUCAACUAUACUAAAAGUAUUUUGUUUUUUAUUAAACUAGAAAUGUAAAAUGACAAAGUAAUAAAACAAGUCAAUUAAU